ACAUCACGCAAAGUAAGAAAACAUCAACACUCUUACUCAACCGGCACCCACCAGCCUGGCCACCAUCUUGAAUGCGGGCAGCAAGCCGCCAUCUUGGGCGAGGCUCUCCUUGCUCCACUCACACACAAGGCCCAGGGGAAGCACCGCGGCCGAAGGCUGAUUUAUCCGCUGUGCCCUCAUCCAAAAUGGCCACUGGCGCUUCCGAUCCUCUUUAAGGCGGGCGGCGCGCAGGCGCGCCUGAGCUUGCUCUAAAACUGCUUUAUGGUUUGGGGCAGCAGCAGGAAGCGGAGCCGUCCGGGUGCUCCAUUCAAAGGGCGUCCAUGCGGGUGUGCUGCCGCGCGGCCCGGGCAGCCAGGUUUCAUGAGUCAGUCUGGACUGCCGGGAGCAUUUUCUGAAGAUGUACAUGUUGGUUGAAAGCCGCACGAGUUCCUAUCUUCAUCUGAAGAGGUCCCCUGGCAUCCGCUCUUGGUCUCUCUUUGUUGGAAUAGCCUCCAUAGGUUUGGCUGCUGCUUAUUAUAGUGCAGACAGCUUGGCCUGGAAGCUCUUUUAUAUGGCUGGGUGUUUCUUUGUGGCAGCGCAGAAUCUGGAGCAGUGGGAGGAAGCUGUAUUUGAUAAGAACAAGGGAACUGUCUGCUUAAAAACAUUCAAUCUUUACAAAAAAAUACUGACCUUCUCCAAAGGAGGCCAUGAACAAGUAGUGGCUGCACUGAAUGAGAUCCGAGAUGUGAACGUGGAAGAGGAGACGGUGCGGUAUUUCGGGAAGGGUUACGUCGUUGUGCUCCGCUUUGGCACUGGAUUCUCACACCCACUGACUCAGAGCACAGUAUUGGGUUGCAGAAGUGAUGUGGAAGCCAUUGCCAAACUCAUUACUAGUUUUCUGGAACUGGACAGAGUAGAGAGCCAAGAAGAUCUCUCUCAGAGCAGCGAAACAGAGGCUAGUGAUGCAGAUGAACCACAGGAUACCUAUUAAUAGUCAUCAUGAGCUGAAGAAAACAGAGGCUUUUGAACAUCUGGAAAAUAUACUGAUUGUUCUUCAGGAAAAAAAUCCCUCAGCUUUGACCUGGGCAUUUCUCUACAUGUGCAUUUACAAUGGGAGGAAUCUGUCUUAGGGGUACCUCAUUAGUGCUAAACUGCUUUGAGAUCUGCACUCCCAGUACUGCUGUUGGAGAGUCCAAAGCAAAUUGUGGUUUAUGUGCUCCUUUGCCUUAGUUCCUGCUCAUGGACACUGCUGGCUUUUGAGCUCAAACUUGUCUAGGAGUAAUUUAUUAAUGAGUUGGUUUGAAAUCAUGUAUUACUUUCCCACUGAUGAAGUUGAGAUGCAGAUGUAAACUUUGACUUAGUGCAAACAUCUGCAGGUACAGUACAUGAAGUGUAGAAGAGCUGAAUUGUAACUCAUAUCACAGUGCUGUGAGGUUGAUACUGAAAUGUUGCAGAUGACUGUAUGUAUUGCUGAAUUGGUUUUAGGCAGCUUCAUAUAUGCAGUUAGGUGAUGCAGAAUAGUGGCACUUUCAUAGUCUCUACUACUGACUUGCUAUUAGAUACCAGUGGAAAUUAAA